GCGCUCUCUCCCAGUUUGAUGCCGGAUCUUCUGUAUUUCGCAGAGUUCUCUGCGGCGGCAUAUUGCGAUCCCAAUCAUGUCCCGGGAACGGAGGUCAUGUGCCCCAACAAUAUCUGCCCAACGAUCACCAAAAACUCCGUGACAACGAUCCUCGAGUUCGCCGAAGGCUAUGCGGACACGACGGGCAUCAUCGCCCUCGACAAAACCACCAAAUCCAUAGUCCUUGCCUUCCGGGGCUCACACAGCGUGCGCAACUGGCUCACGAACCUGGCGGCGGACCAGCGAACGCUGCCAUGGUGUGCAGGCUGCAAGAUCCACCAAGGCUUCUACAGCGCGUACCUGGACGAGGCAUCAAUCAUCCUAUCCACACUGAUCCGGCUCAAGCGCGAGAACCCCAGCUACCGCAUAGUCGCGACGGGGCACUCCCUCGGCGGCGCGCUCGCGCAGAUCGCGGCGACGGACCUGCGCAUCCGCGGCUACGAGGUCACGACGUACACGUACGGCUCGCCGCGGCUCGGCAACGACAAGCUGUGCAAAUUUAUGUCCGAGCAGACCGCGGGCAAGAACUACCGCGUCACGCAUCUCGACGACCCUGUCCCCCGCCUACCCCUCAUGCUCAUGGGCUACCAACAUGUCAGCCCGGAGUACCAUAUCGCCCGCGAUGGGGCUGGCGCCGUGGGAAUCAAUAUCCUCAAUGGAUACGUCAAUUUUGGAGGGAAUACUGCCGCCAACGGACUCAUCUCCACGAAUAUCGCCGCCCAUCUGAGUUAUCUCAUCAAGAGUGGCAUUGCGGAUUGCGCCAGUAAGGGGUUUGAGAUUAAGUGA